AUGGACUCUCAGCAGCAAGCAGCCGCAGCGGCCUCGAUCCCUGAGUACAACUACCGCCCUCUGGAUGAAGCGCGCAAUGAGAUCCGAGUUCUCAGUCUUUCUGGAAUGGGCGAGGAUGACAACGAGAACCCGGGCCGCGGACUGGUCCAUGCUGAAAUGCACCAUGUCUCGCUCGAUGCCCAUCUACCCGACUUCAGUGCCUUUAACGCCAACGUCGCCCCUCGUCCGCUCUCGCGGAGAGGCACCGACGAGGAAUGGCGCAGGUUUUCGGACCAAAGUCGCCGAGAUACAGAAAAUGCAGGCCCGCAACCUCCAGCGCGCAGUCAUCCGCGGUAUCACCGCUUCACCUGGGGUGACUAUGGCGCGCUGAGCUAUACAUGGGGCGACCAGAGCGACAAGGUGCCAAUCAUACUCGACGGUCAUGUUGUGUGCGUCGGGCGAAACCUCGAGGCGGCGUUGCGGGCUCUGUGUACAGACCCGGACUACAUGGACGGGCUGCGGCUGUGGGUGGAUGCCAUUUGCAUCAACCAGCGCGACCUCGAUGAGCGCAGUAAGCAGGUCAAGCGCAUGGGCGACAUUUUUGGCGGCAGUCUCAUGAUGACCAUUUGGCUGGGAACUGCUACUGGCAAUGACGAUCAGCCUCUUCCAGACGACGUGCAAAGUGGUCUCGACAUGCUCGUCGAGGCUGUCGAGCACUCUAGUGACGAGGGUGCGGCGCGAGUCCAGCUGAAUCUACUGUUGGAUAAUCCGGCCAAGAGGGCACCCGCUCUGGAUGCCAUAGAGCUCGUUGUGCAAAAGACGUAUUGGUCGCGCGUGUGGGUUAUCCAGGAGAAAUGCCUCGGCCCCUACAAUCCAGUCGUCGUGCUCGGGCGCUUCCGUUUCGCGCUGAUGCGAUUGCAUCUACUACUGGCGUACGCUAACAGCGUAAGUGGCGCGACUCGCGACCGCGAGAAGGUGUGGCGCAUACUGAAACUAGUUGAGCUGGUGGUGGCAAACCAGGAGCGCCUCGGCUCCAGCGUGCUGCCGGCAGAAGCAAGUCUCCAGCAGGUAGCGGAGCGCAGGCGGCGCGACCUCGACGAUAUUGGCCUGCUGCUGAUGUUGGGCCGCCUGGCCGGCUGCCAGGACGAACGCGACAAACUGUACGGCCUGAUGGGCAUGAUGCCCAAAUGCGUAUCUCGCCACAUUGUGCCCGACUAUGGCGCUCCCGUGCCGCGAGUAUUUGCCGACUUUGCUCGUGCUCUGAUCCACGGAUUUGAUAGUUUGGACCUGGUGGUGACUGGUGCUACCGACACGCCGCUAGGAGCGCGACUCGCCUCGUGGGUGCCCGAUUUGACCGACACGUGGGAUAUGUAUUUGUGGGGUACAUCGUGCGCAGCUUCUGGUGACCGUAGCCCGGUCGUUCGUAUCGAGGGUGCCAAUGGAGAGAUUCUCAUUGCGGCUGGCUUCGAGGUUGAUGUGGUGGACGCUGCUGGCCCUCAUCUUGGCUGGGGCCCGGGCGGACUAGAAGUGUGGAUACCGGGCGACCAAGAGACUUCCGAUGCUCCCAUGCCGUCUGAUCCACGCGCUGCCAUUGCGCGCACCCUUUACCGCGAUGCUCAGUACGAUGUUUCCACUCACACAUCUGUUAUUGACAUCCCCUGGCUCACAUCGCUUGACGGGGCAGUUGAGGCACGCAUAGGCGCCAUGCUGGCCAAAGGAUGGGGACCGGUUCUGAACCACGCAAGCAUUGUUGACUUGCACCUGCUACGGACGCGGCUUGACGAACAAUUUCGGCCGUGGUCCCUGCGCUUCAGGAGCUUCUUCCCUGGUGGCAGCGAGGGUACAGAUUGGGAGGUGCCUGAGUGCACAGAUCCGGAAGGCUUUGUGCGGGCUCUAGAUAAGCACGUUGGCAUUGUAUAUCCGGUGAUGACGACGAAUAGAGGGAGAUUUGGGGCGAGCAUCAAGCGCGCCAGGAAGGGUGACAGGAUCUUUGUGCUGCUGGGAUGCUCGGCACCAGUUUUAGUGCGGCCCACAACGGUUAAGGAUGGCAAAGAGGCAGAUGUCGAGGCCUUUUCGGUUGUAUCGCAGUGCUAUGUGGAAGGGGUUAUGAAGGGCCAGGCCCUUCGGCAGCUGGGCGACCGUGAGGCCAAAAUCGGGGACAUUCGACUGGUAUAG